AUGAUUGAAACAGAAAUUACAAAACCAAAAUAUGAAAUUCCAUUUUCUAAAAUGCAUGGAGCAGGUAAUGACUUUAUAGUUUUUGAAAAUAAUAAAGUUAAAAGAUUAGAUGGUUCAGAAAAUGAAAUUACUUUAAAAGAACUAAAAGAGAUUACAUUAAAAUUAUCACAUAGAAAAUUAGGUGUUGGAUUUGAUCAAGCAAUUAUUAUAAAUAAUAAUCCAAAAGUUUUAAAAUCUGCUCAUUAUGAAAUGAUUGUAAUUAAUUCUGAUGGUGAGCAAGCAUCAAUGUGUGGAAAUGGUGUUAGAUGUUUUUCAAAAUAUAUUAUUGAUAAUUGUAUUGAGUCAAAGAGUUUAAAUGGUACACCAAAAUUAGUUGAUGGAGGAGAUAUUGAACAAAAGAUUGAAACAUUAGCAGGAUUAGUUAUAACAUAUCCAAAGAUUACACACCAUUUAAAUCAAUAUAAUUUAAUGAUGAUUAAAGUUAAUAUGAAUAAUGCAUUAGUAUUAAAGACAAAUCAAUAUAAGGAUGACGAAUUUGAAAAUGUUUUAAAUAAAAAAACAACAAAUGAAAAAGCAUAUAUUUACACAAUUAAAGAUUUAUCAUUACCACAAUGCGAUCAGUUAGAGUGUGUAUUAGUGUCAAUGGGUAAUCCACAUUGUGUAAUAUUUUUAGAAAGAAAUAUAGAGUUGGGUAAUCUCUCCUCAACUGGUGUUGAUUCAGCCUCAGAUUUAUCAAUGAUGAAAAUUGAUGAGAUUGCAACUAAACUUCAAAAAUUACCAUUAUUUAAAGAUGGUUGUAAUGUUGAGUUUGUAAGUACAAAUAAUUCAAAAUUAACAAAUCGUGUAAUUUCAAGAGUAUUUGAACGUGGUGCUGGUGAGACAUUAGCUUGCGGUACUGGUGCUUGUGGUGUUGCUGUUGCCUCAAUCCUCAUGUCAUAUUGUACUCAAGAUAAAGAAGUUACUGUAUCAAUGCCUGGUGGUGAUUUAUUAAUUCAAUGGUCAAGUGAAACUGGUGAAGUUUUUAAAACUGGUCCAGCUUGUACUGUAUUUAAUUCAAAUAUUAAAUUAUAA